AUGGAUCAUAAUAAUAAUAAUAGUAAUAGUAAUAAUAAUGAAAAUGAAGAAGAAUCAACAAUGAAACCAUUAUAUGGUAUGUUGGGUGUUUCAUCGGAUGCAUCGCAAUCAGAGAUCAGAGAUGUCUACCUAAAGAAAUCGAGACAGUAUCAUCCGGAUCGUGGUGGUGAUCAUCAGUGGUUCAUUCAACUCAAUAGCGCCUAUGUGAUUCUCAGCGAUCCCGAGCGUCGUCGUGUCUAUGACAUGUGGCCAGGUUCGAUCGAAGAUCCGACACAGCUCGAUCUUCUCGCCAAGUACAUGCCGACCAAGUCAAAGUUCUCAGAGUUCUACACGCUGCUAGCACACGCAGUCGUCGACCGAUUCUUCUCGUUCAAAGCACAUAUCAUCGCAGCUGCACUCAGCAUCCAAAGAGACGCACCCAACAUCCACCUAAACCUCUCACACAUAGCAGCAUUCCCCAUAGUUCAUCUACUAGUCGACAACAUUAUAGAGAAGUUAAUAGAUAGAAAACUAUUACAACAACAAGAAAAACAACAACAAAAGAAACAACAACAAGAUAACAAUAAUAAUAAUAAUAAGAAACAACAACAACAACAAGGAAAGUUUGAAGAGAUGAUGUUAUCACCUAUGAAACGUGCAUUGGUAAUAGAGGUUUUGGCAACUUUGAUAGCUGCUCCAUUUGAGCUGUAUGCUUAUCGUGCAUUCCGUAGCAAGUAUGAGGGUAAUACGUGGUUCGAUUACUUUACACUGGGAACAGCCAACGAUUUCUCGCCACUGAAACGAAUGUUCCAUAAUACAGCGUUGUAUCUCCGUUGUUUUGUUAGUAGCGACCUCAAGUAUCUCAUUGGUCUGUCGGCAUUCCGUGUUGGCUAUACACUCACUAGCUACUUCCUCUCGUCGAUGGCCGACUAUUGCAAUCAUAGAGCACUACUCGCAGGAGUAGAACACAAACUACGUCAGAGAAACAAACAAAACGAUGAAAUAGAUGAAGAUGAAGAAGAUAGUGAUAGUGAUAGUGAUAAUAAUGAUAGAGAUAGCGAUAAUGAAGAUGACGAUGAUGAAGAAGAUGAAGAAGAAGAGGAAAAAGAUAGUGAUCAAAGUAAAUCAGCAAAAGAAAUCGUAUGGAAAGGAGCAUCUUAUGGUGCUAAAUUCCUCUCUUACUUUGUCCCAGCAUCGAUGUUUUCAGUGUACAGAUUGUUUUACAAUAUAGAAUCACCUCGAAUUUCAUACUUUAGUCAGUCAUUGUUUAGAAGUGCUUUUCUCGAUACCGUUUCUGUAUCGUUUUUCGAUUUCCUACACACAACCAUCGAUAACAAUGAAAUCAAUAUAUAA